CAGAGGGCAGCAGAUCAUGUGAAAAUAUAAUAUUUGUGUCAUUCUCAAUACUUUUGGCCAUGACUGUACACUGGUGAAAAAGUGUCACCAAAAGGGAAACUUAAAUUGGAUGUGGUCUAUGGUGACCAAACACACAAGCUAGAACUCUAUGUCCUGAAAACCACAGACCCAGCGCUACUAGGGCGUGAAUGGCUGAGAAGAAUUCAGCUUGACUGGCAUGCAAUAAAAGCCCUGAAUAUCUCAACAGGUCUCAAGAGCUCCACCCGUAGGCCUGAGCAGAGAUUUCCACAGUUAUUGGAGGCUAAUGCACACGUGUUCGAGAAAGGCACUGGCAAACUAAAACACCUAAAAGCAAAAAUUGAACUUGACAAAGAUGCCAACCCAAGAUUCCACAAGGCGCGCCCGGUGCCGUAUGCCCUACGUCCCAAGAUAGACGCUGAACUGCAAAGCUUGGAGGCAUCCGGCAUUCUCUCAAAAGUUGACUGUGAAGUGUGUAUAUGUGGGGACUUCAAAGUGAGCAUCAACCCGGUGUUGCGCAUGGUGCAGUACCCUCUUCCACGAAUAGAGGACAUCUUCUCAUCAUUGGCUGGUGGGGAGAAGUUUUCAAAGAUAGACUUGUCACAGGCCUAUCUCCAGAUGGAAGUGGAGGAGUCAAGCAAAAAGUUUCUAACCAUCAACACUCAUAAGGGACUUUACCAAUACAAUCGUCUUGUGUUUGGUGUUUCUUCAGCCCCUGCCAUCUGGCAAAGAGCCAUGGAUCAGGUGCUCCAGGAUAUACCUGGAACACAAUGCUACCUGGAUGAUAUAACAGGAAAAGAUGAUGAUGAUCACUUCCAAAACCUGAGCAAAGUACUCACCAGGCUGAGUGAGUAUGGGCUACAGGCAAAGAGAGAGAAAUGUGAAUUUUUCAAAAGUGAAAUCUCAUACUGCGGACAUGUCAUUCACAAGCACGGCUUGCACAAGUCACAAGAGAAAAUUGAGGCAGUGCGCACCUAAACCUGAAAAUGUGUCACAACUCAGAUCGUACCUGGGUCUCGUCAACUAUUACCACAAGUUUCUACCAAACCUUGCCUCAGUGCUGUAUCCACUAAAUGCACUGCUGCAAACAGGAGUGGAAUGGCAUUGGUCAGAAAAAUGUGAAAAGGCAUUCACAGAAACAAAAAGACUAAUAACAUCUGACGAGCUACUUACCCACUAUGAUCCAUCCAGACCCAUCCGUCUAGCAUGUGACGCGUCCCCGUACGGCAUUGGUGCAGUCCUGUCGCACACGAUGGAUAAUGGACUUGAACGCCCAAUUGCAUUCGCUUCAAGGUCCCUGUGAGAGAGAGAAGUGCCGAACGCAAUUAUUCACAGAUUGACAGGGAGGCCCUUAGUCUAGUAUGGGGUAUCAAAAAGUUCCACCAUUACCUCUAUGGCCAAAGGUUUACCUUAGUGACUGAUCAUCAGCCCCUAGUGUUAAUAUUCAAUCCACAAAAAGGAGUCCCAGUGAUGUCAGCUGCGCGACUACAGCGAUGGGCCCUGUUCUUAGGAGCACACUCGUAUGACAUCAAGUUCAAGGAGACUAAACAACACUGCAAUGCUGAUGGUUUGUCACGCCUCCCACUGUCAACAUCUGUGGAGGAACUACCAUCAAAGGGUGACCCGGCAGAAAUGUUCCACACAACACUGGUAGAUCAGCUGCCAGUUACAAAUGCCCUGAUACGAAAAGAAACGCGGAAUGACCCAACACUUUCCAAGGUGUAUGACAUCACAGUACAAGGCUGGCCUGCCCAGGGGAAUCCAUACUAUCCUGAGUUUUCAGCAAGACAUGAUCAGCUGUCAGUCUGCCAGGGAACCUUGAUGUGUGGAUCACGUGUGGUAGUGCCCUCCAAGCUUCGCACCAGAGUGUUGGACAGUCUGCAUGAGGCUCACGUAGGUACGGUGAAGAUGAAAAGUCUGGCCCGUAGCUAUGUAUGGUGGCCAGGGAUAGAUAAACAGAUUGAGGACAUCACCAAAACAUGCCCAGGAUGCCUGAGCGUUCAAAACACACCACCACAGGCUCCCCUACAUCCGUGGGAAUGGCCGUCUGUACCCUGGCAGAGAGUGCACAUUGAUUUUGCUGGUCCGUUCAUGAACUCUAUGUUUCUCAUUGCUGUGGACGCUCACGCAAAAUGGCCAGAAGUAGUCCCAAUGAAAUCAACAACAUCAGAAAAGACUAUCUCUGUUCUGAGAACCAUCUUCGCCAGGAAUGGCCUACCUGAGCAAAUUGUGAGUGACAAUGGCCCACAGUAUACUUCUGAAGAAUUCCAAGACUUCAUGAAAAAGAAUGGUAUCAAGCAUUUCAAGUCAGCACCUCACCAUCCAGCAACAAACGGGUUAGCAGAACGGUUUGUACAAACAUUCAAAAAGUCCAUAAAAGCAAUGACAAAAGAAGACAUCUCUCUUCAACACAAAAUUGACAAUUUCCUCCUGGUGUAGCGCAAUUCUGUCCAUGCAACAACUAAUCAGACACCUGCAAUGCUGUUUAUAAACAGACCGCUCAGAUCUCGCAUUGACCUUGUAACAGCCGUAAUUGUGUAGUGUCUCUUUAAGAUACUUUAGUAUUGUUAAUGACGUCACAAGUAUGCGCCACGGCUUCUCUGUAGAGAGCGUGGGAGAAACGUGCUAGACAGACAUGUUAGCUCUCUAACUUUUUAGUAACGUUACGGGUUGUUUGGACGCUGCUAAUCUUCAUGUCUGAUAAUAUAGCAGCUGUUCAACCGGGCUUGUAAGGUUGGUGAAGAGCGUAUUUAUUAAAGGACAACACUGGGGAAUUCCCAGUACCAGUGUGUGUGAGUUUUUGAUCGCCCUGACGAGGCUGCCGCCUCCUCUCCUCCCUUAAAUGUGGCUCUUUUCAUUGGAGCCCAAGCCACACCAAGUGCUUAUCUUCAAGAAUUAGAGAAAGCAUAUGGUAAUGUAACAGGAGGGGAAGAGCUGUAUAUUCAGUUUCUAGAGACACAUCAGAACAGUGGGGAGAGGGCGUCUGACUACCUCCGUCGACUUCAAACUCUGCUGCAGGAAGUUGUAGAAAGCAGCGGUGUGGCCAAGCAAGACUUUGACUCUCAGUUACUAAAGCAGUUCCUCCGAGGCUGUUGGGAUGAUUCCUUAAUAACUACACUGCGUCUGCAAGAGUCAGGUUAUAGCGCACACACCAUUUUGACGUUUUCAGAACUACUGUUCAAAAUAAGAACAUAUGAAAAAGAGAGCAAUUUAAAGGAAAUGAGGAGAAAGCGAUAUAUGGGGGCAAGCUCAACCAAAGUCCAUACCAGGACUCAUUUCACAAGUGACACCUCAGAGCCCGCUGGCAACACACUCCCUCUAGGACCAGAUGUCUAUUCCAGAGAGCAACUGGAAGAGAGGAUCAGGCAGUUGGAAGCUGAGCUUCAGAGAAAUGUGCCAUUUGGUGUUUCUACCUAUUCAGUCUAGAGACAGGCCAAAUGACCUGAAGGAUUUUAUCUAGCAGGUGCUUUUGUUCAGUAAAUAGGGCCAU